UACGCCACUCUUCUUAGCUGCAAACGGCGAUGAAUGGCGUGAAAACGCGAGCAUGCCCGGCGUUACUGAAGACGAAUUCACGCCUGUUUGUGUUACAUUUGUUUUAUGAACAGAUCGCUGAGGUUUAGCUUAAAGUCUGGCACCGUUAGAGCCUGGUUUUGGUCGAUAUGGCUGGCAACAUAAAGGAUAAAGAGGCUUUUCAGAGGUUGAACUUCCUUUACCAAGCUGCUCAUUGUGUUUUGGCCCACAACCCUGAAAAUGUCGAACUGGCACGGUUUUACUGCUUCACUCAAAAAACGAUCGCCAAACGUCUGGUGCUGAGACAAGAUCCCUCAGUGAAAAGAACCAUAUGUAAGAGAUGUUGCUCCUUACUGAUCCCUGGAGUUACAUCAACUGUUAGGCAAAAGCGAGGUCCCCGAAGGCAGCGUGUGACUGUAAUACGAUGUCUCAGCUGUGGACUAACCAGAAGGUUUCCAAACAAUCCAAAACACCAGCUGUGGGUGGACCAGCCUGAGGCACAGUUGGAGAAUCAGCCUCAGCCAGAGACACAGAGUCCUUCAUCCAAAGCUGCUGUCCAGAGCAACAAACCUCAUGAAUCCAGCAGUUUGGAUUCUUCAACGCAGAACCCGGCCACUUGACCUCCGGCUUCUCUGAAAUCCAUUGGUGUCUGAUUUUCUACUUGCGACUUGAUUUCCAACAAUAAGUCACUGUUAGAAGUUAUUUACUGCUGUGACCUGCAUGCCUUCUGUGUGCUCUUUCAUUGGGUCACUUGGAACCAACACUGGUAACAUUAGUAAGUCACUGCAGGACCCCUGUGCUCAUACCUCAUUGGCUGGCUGUAGCGGACACUGCGAAGGACUGAUAUUGCAUGUAGUCGUUACAUGGUAGCUGCAUUGUGUGCGUAUUUAGUGCACGACAGCUCCUUUUGAAUGGAAGCCACACAUGGCCUUCUUUAUUUUCAUAUCGAGAUACAGUCAGUCCUGGUCAAAUUACAUAUUUUGUUGAUUAGGUGAAAAUAAAUGAGUGGGGGUGUGGGGGUGUUCUGAUUGUCGGUGUACAGCAAUUUAGGGGGGGAAUUAGGAUUUGGACCCCUUGUUCAAUGAAAUAAAAUGAAACUGCGGUGUUUAUUGCAAGGCCUAAAAUACUAACUUAUAAUUUAUUGUGUAAGUAUAUUUAAAAGGAUGGAUAUUAAAAUUUGUUUUAAAACAAA